AUGGAGGAGGAGGAGUACAUGAGCACCGAGUUGCAGAGAAUUCUCGAGGAAUUCACGAGAAUUAAAGACGCGUAUCUGGCGUUGAAAGUUUACAGCGAAACACAGGAGGAGGCAUUGUCGAUUGAGAAACAUCGUUCUGAGAAAUUGAGGGAGAAUUUGGAGAAACUUUCCAACACUUUCUUCCUCCUCGAGAAAAGGUACAAAUCCAACGUGGAGAAAUUGCAGGCUGAGAAUGGAAAUUUUCGAAAAAUGAUCGAAGAAUUGGGAGAGCAGUGCGAGCAUCUGCGUCUCGUCAACGCUGAUCGCAAUGGAUCGGAUUUCGACGCAGUAUGCAGAUUGCAAGACGAAGUGGAAAUUUUGAAAUCACAGUUAGCCAUGCAGGAGGAAAAGCAAAACGAAGACAUUGCUGUGCUGAAGCAGCAACACGCAGACGAAAUACAGAGGUAUAAAAUGUUGCUGCAGAACGCGAAACAGGGCUCCAUUUCCAGUAAACCUGCAAAAAGAGGACGACCAAAGAAUUCAGAGAAACGUAAAAAAAAUACCUCGUACUUUAGAUGGCCAGAAUUGGACAUAACAAGAGCGAAUGUCACGCCUAUGGAAAAUGAGGUGGAAACCGGAAAUGGUGACAGUAGAGCAAAGAAAAGGAAAUUAUUCCACGAAGACAGGGAAAUUGUAGUGGAUAUUCCGUAAAAUAUACGCGAUUUAUCGUGUCGACGUUCAAGACAAAAUUAAUGGAGCGUUUAUUAAACAUUCUGAAUAAUGUAAGAUACAU